AUGGCUGACGUCAACGGCUUAGAUGCAGCUGAGACAAGGAAAGAGGAGAUAGAACCUGCUCGUAGAGGCGCUGGCGAAAUUGACCCAGGACAAGAGGAAGGGAAGCAGCAGCAGGACGGAGAGCAGCAGGAGAAAGACAAAAAGCAGGACCAAGAGGAGGAGGAGAAGGAGGAGCAGGAGGAGCAGGAGCAGCAGGAGGGGCAGGAGCAGGAGGAGGAUGAGGAUGAGGAGGAAGAGAAAGAAAAGCAGCAGCUAGUGGGCGCUAGGGAGAGCAGUAGGAAGGGCGACAGGGACGGCGGCGGCGGCAGCGGAGUGAAGCGGGGGCUGCGGUCAGUGAUGGCAGGGCGGUUUCAGCAUUACUCCGCGCUCAAGAGCAAGCGCCGGCGGCGGCUGGAGCAGAGGAGCUUCCAGGAGUUCUUUCUUGCAGGUGGGGAGGAGGAGGGGGAGGGGGAGGCGGGGGGAGGGGAGGCUGAGAGGGGGGAUGUGGAGGGGGUGGGUUUGGGAGAGGGGGAUGGAGAAUUAAUGGGAGAUGGGGAGGGGGAUGGAGUUGCUGUGGGGGAGGAUGAAGGGGAUGGGGACGGGGGGAGUGAGAGUGAUGGGGUGGAGGAGGUAGAGCAGGAGGAGGGAGAGGAGGGCGAGGGGGGGGAGGAGGAGAAGAAGGAGGAGAUGAAAGAAAGCGGAGCUCUAGAGGGACAGAGGAAAGAGGAAGGGGAUGAGGAAGGGGAUGAGGAAGGGCGGUUGGAGCAAGAGAGGGACGGGAUGGUUGAGGUAGCUGAUAAGGGUUUGGAAACAACAGAGAGUGGAGCGGAUAAGAUAAGAGGCUCUCUGAAAGCCGUUGUGGGGAAAAGGGAAGAGAAAAGGCGAGAGAGGGAAGUGAGGCCACAGCCGGUGGUGGAGGAAGAGAAAGGCGAGGGGCAGAGGACGCUGCGAAGGAGAGAACAACCGAAACGAAGCCAGCAGAGCACGCAACGGCAGCAACAGCAGCAGCAGCAGCCACAGAAGCAGCAGAGGCGGCAGGGGAAGAAUCAAAAGGCCAAAGCAAAGCAGGCAGCGGCAAAAGCAAAGGCAGGGCGGGCAGCAGCAGCGAAGGCAAAGCGGGAGGCGGAGAGGCAGGAGGAGCACGAUGCAGAGGUGGCACGGGCUGUAGGGUUCCCACCGGACAGCCUGAGGGAGGAUGAGGAGGAGGCGGGUGUGGUGCACAGUGGCACGGGGGGCAGUGGGGAAGAGGGCGUCCUGAGGGAGGAUGAGGAGGAGGCGGGUGUUGUGCGCAGUGGCACGGGCGGUAGUGGGGAGGAGGGUGUGUAUGUGCGCAUGCGGAACCGUAUUCUUGCUCUGUGGAGGCGGAAUGUGAGCGGGUGGAUACAUGAGGACAAGCUAAUAAGCAGCACACCAGCACACGAGCGAGAGGCCACAAGAGCAGCCUUCGCCUUUCUGCACCUGCGUGGCUUCAUCAACUGGGGCCUCCGACUCUUUCUUGCGUAUCCCUCCCCCUCCCCUAUCCCGCUUCUCCAGCUAAUAAGCAGCACACCGGCACACGAGAGAGAGGCCACAAUAGCAGCCUUCACCUUUCUGCACCUGUGUGGCUUCAUCAACUGGGGUCUCUGUCUCUCCCUCGCUCCCUCCUUCCCCCUUUUUCUCCCUGUGCAGCUACUAAGCAGCACACCAGGAGCCGAACGGGAAGCAACAAGAGCAGCCUUCACCUUUCUGCACCUGCGCGGAUUCAUCAACUGGGGUCUCUCGCGCACGGCCACUGCUGCCAUCCCUCGCCGCCCCUCCCUGCCCCACGUCAUCGUUCUCGGUGCUGGGCUAGCAGGCCUUGCAGCAGCGCGCCAGUUGAUGGCCUGGCUGCAGCUCACCAAUUACUGGCCCUGGGCCACCGUCUGUCUCUCGCGCACGGCCACUGCCGCCAUCCCUCGCCGCCCCUCCCUGCCCCACGUCAUCGUGCUCUUCGCUGGUCUUGCAGGCCUGGCAGCAGCGCACCAACUACUAGCCCUGGGCCACCGUGUGACAGUGAUAGAGGCUCGCAACCGGCCCGGAGGGCGAAUGCACUCCAAACUGCUCUCCUCGCCUCCAGGCCCCAACCAGGUGGCAGUAGCAGCAGAGCUAGGCGGUUCUAUUGUCACAGGCAUUCUCGGCAACCCUCUGGGCGUCCUAGCUCGCCAGCUCGCCAUCCCUCUGCACCGCAUUCGCGACGCCUGCCCACUCUACCGCCCGGACGGGCUGCCUGUGGACGAAAAAGCUGACCGGGUGGCAGAGGCAAGAUUCAACGUGAUGCUGGAUCUAGCUUCGGAAAGGAGGGGGGAGAUGGAGGGGGUGGCAGAUCAGAUCUCCCUUGGGAAUACCAUGGAGUUUGUACGGCAGCAAGCAGUGCAGGCUGUAUCUGCGGAAGGUGGGAGUGGUGGCGAGGGAGGGGGGGAUGUAGGAGGUUUGGGGCGUGAGGGUGGAAAGGACGACCCCCACGAGCUGCUGGGCCACCACUGCUUCGUGGCUGGGAGGAACGGGCAGCUUGUGGAUGCCCUCGCGGACGGGCUGCCCGUGGUGUAUAACUCCGCCUCACCUUUGGCCGCCUCACCUUUGGCCGCCUCACCUUUGGCCGCCUCACCUGUGGCUGCCUCACCUGUGGCCGCCUCACCUGUGGCCGCCUCACCUGUGGCCGCCUCACCUGUGGCCGCCUCACCUGUGGCCGCCUCACCUGUGGCCGCCUCACCUGUGGCCGCCUCACCUGUGGCCGCCUCACCUGUCGCCAUGCUCUUCCCGUAUGCCUUUUGGCACACCGCCACUGACACAUUUGGUCGCCUCACUUCUUCAGCACACCGCAAGCCCCACUUCUCCCAAUUUCUCACUCCUCCCCUCUCUCCCCCUUCCGUAACGCAGGUGGCAAUGCUCUUCCCCUACGUCUUCUGGGACACCACAAUCGACACCUUUGGUCGCCUCACAUCGCACCCCUCACAGCGCGGCGAGUUCUUCCUCUUCUACUCCUACGCUGCUGUCUCUGGCGGCGCUCUGCUCAUGGCGCUUGUUGCAGGGGAGGCAGCAGAGAAAUUCGAAGGGGAGAAGUCAGAUGCACUCAUGUGGCGCGUACUCACACGCGGCGAGCUCUUCCUCUUCUACUCCUACGCUGCUGUCUCGGGCGGCGCUCUGCUCAUAACCGUGCCACACCCUCCGCAAUGGGUGUGCACGUGGUGGCGCAGUGAUCCGUAUGUCAGGGAAAUCCACGAGCCCAAGGGCAUAGCAGUGCCGCACCCCUUACAGUGUGUGUGCACGCGGUGGCGCAGCGAUCCGUAUGCGGGAGGUUCGUACUCGUAUGUGCGUGUGGCGGCAUCGGGGGAUGACUAUGAUACACUGGCAGAGAGCGUGGAUGGGCGGCUGUUUUUCGCUGGCGAGGCCACGAGUCGUCACUACCCCGCCACCAUGCAUGGAGCCUGCUUCAGCGGCCUGAGAGAAGCAGCUAAGAUCAACCAAGUUGCCACGGCCGCUGAAGCAUGCUCACUCCGCAGAAUCACCCACAUCCGAGUGUGCAUAUGCCCUCAUACUCCCUGCACCUUUCGCCCUCUUCCUCUCCCCUUUCAGGCCACGAGUCGUCACUACCCCGCCACCAUGCAUGGAGCCUGCUUCAGCGGCCUGAGAGAAGCAGCUAAGAUCAACCAAACAAUCGGCCUUGAUCUGCAGCGGAUUUCGGGCAUUGCCACUGACGGGGCGUCGGUGAUGACAGGAGAGAAGACCGGCGUAGUCGUCCGCCUCCGUGCGCAUGUGGAACAUAUGGUGGCCACGCAUUGCAUCGCGCAUCGAGAGGCGCUGGCCGCGAAAGAUGCGGCCGAGGCUGUUCCGGAGCUCGAAAUGGUUGACAACGUCGUCUGGGCUGUGGCAUCGCGUCUUAGCAAGUCAACCCUCUGGUACCAGCGGUUCAUGAACUUGCAGUGGUUGCUCUGCCAAACAAACUUGGAGGCGCAAGGGAUCCACGACGUUCGUUGGCUCUCACGCGGCGAGGCUGUGAAACGGUUGCUGGAGGUCUUGCCCGCGGUUGUCGUGCUGCUGGAAGAACAUGGUCACCAGCUGUUUGAAGUGGUCACGUCUUUCAAGUUUCACUUCUUGCUGACGUUCCUUGCCGACAUUCUCUUUGAGCUCAACCAGCUGAACACAAGGUUUCAGCAACGUCAGGUGGAUGUGACGUUGGUGGCGCUCCUGGUCGUCGAAACGACUAAGCGAAUCGAGCAUCGCUACAUCACACCCCGCAAAACAGGACAGUUUGGCGAGGGUGUCGGAAUGCAGCUCCCCCGUUUCUUGGCAGCGCAUGCAAAGCCUGAUGACCGUGAGGUCUCUGCAGAGGGAGUUGACUGUGACGGCAACCCGGUGACAAGCCUCUACACCCUUCACGAGCGGCCCCUAGAAGGACAAGAGACGGCAGGGGACGUGACUGCAUGUGUCGAGCUCGCCAUCAAGUACGCGAGGGAGGUCAACAAGCAGCUGAAAGGGCGCAUGAAAGACCUAAAAAACUUGGAGGGGACGAAGCUCUUCAAGAGCAAGUGUUAUCUGCAGGACGAUGAGAAGCGCCAUGCUGCAUUCAGUGGCGACACAGGCGGAGCGGUGGGUGCGAGCGUGCAGGUGGCGACACAGAUCACGGUGCCGGGCGUGAGCGUCCCCGUCAGCUUCGAUGCCCUCCGCUGCUUCACCCUUCCCUGUGCAGCGGCCAAGGCGGGGCGGGACGUGCAGGUGUGGUGGCACGGGCUCACGGGCGGCAGCAAGGGCGGCAGCAAGGGUGCGGCGAGCAAGCAGGUGCAGUUCUUUGCCAACCCCGCCUGCAAGGGCAAGGCGCUGGAUGAGGUGCUCAAGCCGCAAGACGCCGGCCUGCGAAAGUUCUUCAACGUGCCCAGGUGGGUCGUGUCGUGGGGCUGGGGGCAGCUUUGA